GGGUGAAGUUACGGUGCAAGCUUCUUUGCAAAGACGUAAUCGUAACAAGAAUUUAUUAGAAGAAAAGGUAGAUCGUGGGCAUAUGUCAGAUUUGUUAUGCUUUACUGAUUUUUAUGAAGUAUUAAGUUUAUUGGCUUGUGGCGGUCCGCACAAAGUUGAUCUUACAAAAUUAGCAUCAGAUGAAUUUCAUCUUCCUCGGAUUAUGAAGGAUACUCUUGAUGAUAUGCGAGAGAAGUUUAAUAAUACCAAAAAGAAACAAACAUGUUUGUUUACAAUAGGACUUCAGCAAUAUAAGUCAGAAAUUCGUGUUUAUUUAAUGGAAAGACGUGAUGUUUAUCGAUUUCAUCUUAUCAAAACAUUCUGCCUUCCCUUAACAUUUACAAAUUUUAAUAAUUUGCGUAUUAGUCUGAGUUGGGCAUGGAAUAUUCGGGUUU